GGUGGUUACCAUAAACCUAAUUUCACCAAAGGUCCUUGCUACCCAGUCCUCAACACUUGGGAUGCGAGGUAGUUCAGGGAGCCAAUCGGAGACCAGGUUUUGGAGGGUGGAAGUGAGAGCCUCACACCUGGGCUCUGAUAAGUCCAGGCCUGAGUCCAGGACCUUGGCCUAGAGACCCUCCUCCUGACCGGAGCAUGGCUUGCCUCAGGCCUGGGACUUUGGCCCAAGGACGAGGAGAUCCAUAAAACCAGGCCCAGUUCUCAACCUCACAUCUGCCACAAUGCUGCUGCUCAGCCUGACCCUUAGCCUGGGCCUCCUUGGCUCCUCCUGGGGCUGCGGCAUUCCUGCCAUCAAGCCGGUACUGAGCUUCAGCCAGAGGAUUGUCAACGGGGAGAAUGCAGUGCCAGGCUCCUGGCCCUGGCAGGUGUCCCUGCAGGAUAGCAGUGGCUUCCACUUUUGCGGUGGUUCCCUCAUCAGCCAGUCCUGGGUGGUCACUGCUGCCCAUUGCAAAGUCAUCCCUGGCCGCCACUUUGUUGUCCUGGGCGAAUAUGACCGAUCAUCCAAUGCUGAGCCUUUGCAGGUUCUGUCCAUCUCAAAGGCCAUCACGCACCCUUUCUGGAACCCUACCACCCUAAACAAUGACCUGACACUACUGAAGCUCGCCUCCCCGGCCCAGUACACAAAACGAAUCACACCAGUCUGCCUGGCUUCUCCAAAUGAGGCACUGCCUGCAGGCCUCACGUGUGUCACCACUGGCUGGGGACGCCUCAGCGGCGUGGGCAAUGUGACCCCAGCACGCCUGCAGCAGGUGGCUUUGCCCCUCGUCACUGUGAGUCAGUGCAGGCAGUACUGGGGCUCACGUAUCACUGACUCCAUGAUCUGUGCAGGCGGCUCAGGGGCCUCCUCGUGCCAGGGAGACUCUGGAGGGCCUCUUGUCUGCCAGAAAGGGAACACGUGGGUGCUUAUUGGCGUUGUCUCCUGGGGCACCAGCAACUGCAACGUGCACAAGCCUGCCAUAUACACUCGGGUUAGCAAGUUCAGCACCUGGAUCAACCAGAUCAUAGCCUACAACUGA